AAUGAAUUCUACUUGCAGGGAAUAAUCGGGGAUCCAACCACGGCCCAACAGCAACCACUUGGAGACCCACGUUCCCAGCCACUGGAUUGCUUGAGCCUCAGGAGCAAGACAUCUUAUUUCCAAGUUUAGCUGCCCAUGUAACUGUAAGCUUUUACUGGAAAACUCUUCCACUCAGGGACUUAAAACCAGGGGGUCAAGACAAUGUGAAGCAUUAUCUCCUCCCCUGGCCUCCCAGAGUCCCCUGCCCAGCCUCCAGCCUGUCCCUGUGUAAACCUAACUCCCUCUUAGCCCCGCCCCACCGGUAGAGCUACCCAGGCCCCGCCCAGGAAGUUCCGCCUCUCAUCUCGCGGAUGUGAAGAUGUUUACGGACCCGGAAGUGGAGAGCGCGGAGGAAAGGUCACACAGCAGAGGGUAAGUUCCUUUUUUCUAAUAUAAAUCUGUACUGCGCGGUCCCCCUUCCUCCGUCUUCAGGAUUUGGGAGUCACUGCGAACCUAGAGCCCCAGCACCCGGCCCCCUGGCCACGCCUCACCACGAGUGGAGUGAGAUACCAAGAAAUGUGAAGAAGUGCCUGGUUGGCCUCUGUGUGGUUUCCUGUCCUGAGUCCCUCCUGUGACAGUGGGCAGAAGAGGACUGUUUAGUGCACGUGCUUGAAAGAUUGAUCUCUGAAGACUCCACUUGUCUGAGGAAGAAGUCGGGAAGAAGAGGAAGAAGAAAGAAAAGGAGUCAGGAAUGGCUCCUUCUCAGGAACAGCUAAUCUUUGAGGAUGUGGCCAUCAGAUUCUCGCAGGAGGAGUGGGAAUGCCUGGUCCCUGCUCAGAGGGCCUUGUACAGGGAUGUGAUGUUGGAGACCUAUAGGAACCUGCUGUCUGUGGAUAUGUCUCGUAUACAUGUGAUCAAGAAAUUACAACUAAAGGUAAACAUGGAUAGAAAAUUUUUCCAAACAGCAAUGACAGAAAGACAUGAAAGGACUGAAAGAAAACAUUUUGACCCCAGGAGCAUUCAGGAAAAUGCAUAUGACAGUGACUCUCAGCAGAGAGAUGAGGAAAGAAAUCACAAAGGAACGUCUGUAAAUGGUAGUGGAAAUCUGCGUGAAGAGGGAGACCAACGUGCCACAAGUGGUGCAGGGACCGAGCCCAGGGGAAACAGACUUGCAUUAAGCUUUCAGAAUGAACUGCAUAUUUUUAAAAGUGAAGAGAAAAUUGAUUUUUUUAAUGAAGCUGACAAGACGGGCAACAGGAGUGCCUCAUUUUCACCACUUCUAGGAAAUUCUUCUAGUGUCCAAACCAACAUUUCUGAAAUAGAUGGGAGUGAUUUUAUGCAUCCUUUAGUACUGACACAAGACCUGAAGACAUACAGUGAAAGACUGUACAAAAGUACUCAGAGUAGCAAAGCUCUUCUCCAAGGAUCAUACCUCAGUAGACACCAGAUCAUCCAUAUGAAGGAGAAGUUAGAUAAAUGUGAUGUAUGUGGGAAAGUCUUUCCUUUCCAUUCAAAACUUGUAAGACAUCAGAGAAUUCAUACUGGUGAGAGACCUUACAAAUGUAAUUUCUGUGGUAAGGUCUUUAAUCAUAAAGACACACUUCGGAGGCACGAGAGAAUUCAUACUGGAGAGAAACCUUACAAAUGUAAUGAGUGUGGCAAGGUAUUUAACCACAGAGGAAAUCUUGCAAAGCAUUAUAGGAGUCAUUCUGAAGCGAGACCUUAUAAAUGCACUGAGUGUGGCAAAAGCUUUCGUGAGAGAUCACAUUUCAGGCAACAUCAAGCAAUCCAUUCAGGAGAAAGACCAUAUAAAUGUGACGUCUGUGGAAAAGCCUUUGCUCAAAAUUCAUAUCUUGUAGUUCAUUAUAGAAUUCAUACUGGGGAGAAACGUUUUAAAUGUAAUGACUGUGGCAAGGUCUUUCGCUAUAAAUCAACCCUUCAAAGUCAUCAGACAAUUCAUACUGGAGAGAAACCUUAUCAAUGUUGUGAGUGUGGCAAGGUCUUCAGCUGUAAAUCAACCCUUAGAAGUCACCACGGAAUUCAUACUGAAGAGAGACCUUAUAAAUGUAGUGAGUGUGGCAGGGCCUUUCGUCUCAAAGGAGUGUUUGUGAACCAUCUGAGAAUUCAUACUGGAGAGAAGCCUUAUCAAUGUAGUGAGUGUGGCAAGGUCUUCAGGUGUAAAUCAACCCUCAGAAUUCAUCAUGGGAUUCAUACUGAAGACAGACCUUAUAAAUGUAAUGAGUGUGGCAGGGCCUUUCGUCGCAAAGGAGAGGUUGCAAAACAUCAGAGAAUUCAUACAAGACAGAUACCUUACAAAUGUAAUGUGUGCAGCAAUGUUUUUAGUACAAAAAGAAACCUUAAAAGUCAUCAGAGAAUUCAUUCUUGACAGAGACCUUAUCAACAUAAUAAGGGUUUCAGAACCUUACAUCAGGCCUAACACAUUACAGAACAACAACUAAUGCAGUCAGGAGAAAAACCAUAACAAUGUGAUGUACGUGGGAAAUGCUUUGAUAUUCACACCGUGAUAGGCAUCGGAUUAUUCAUAGUGAGGAGGAACCUUUCAAUAGUAACGAGUGUUGAAAAGCCUUUCCUCACAUCUCAACUCUGACUACGCCUCAGGGAGUAGAUACACAGGAGAAACCAUAUCAAUAUGGUAUAUGUGCGAAGGUCAUCAUUCAAAAUUGACACUUUAAAUUCAUAGGCGAUUCAUUGUGGGGAGAGAUGAUGGACGUGCUAUGAAUGUGGAAAAGCCUCACUUACCAUCAGAUAAUCCAUACUGGACAAAUCGGGGAAAUGCAAUGAAUGUCUCAGUGUCUUCAGUCAAAAUUCAUAACUCAGAGUCAACCAGCAAUAUUGUAAGUCAACUGUGCUUCAAUUUAAAAAGAUCCAGCAUGAAAUCCUAUUAGAGAGGAAGGUUGCAAAUAUAAUGUAUGUGGCAAAUCCUUCAUUGUACUUUGAAUCCUAACUUAGAGCCAGAGAAUCCCUAUUGGUGAGGAAAGUUAAGUAAGGGCUUUAGCAGGUGUGCACAUCUUAAGCUUCAUUGAAACAGCCGUCCUGGAGGGCAAUCAGAUACAUGGGUUCAGUAUCACCAGGCCUGUAGACAGGAGAUUCAUUCACCAGAGAAGUCAUUCUGGAGAUCACAGAGGCCCUGAUUGGGAAAAGUCCUUACUUGGGUUUCACCUCUCACCAGUCAGCAGGUAGUCCAUACUGGACAGAACAGCACAGAAAGCUCCCCCGCCCCCGACCAUGAGCAGAGCAGCAGGGCGUCCAGGGACUGGUUCUUUCACAGGAGGAGCGUGACCUGUUAUGUGGUGGGAACAAGGCUCAGGGAAAACUGGUCACUUUCUCCAUCACGUCAGAGUAGGUGGUGUAGAUAUCUCUGUUUAGUGAAAAGUUCAUCUUACUUUUGGAAAUUGAGGGGAGAGCAGUUACCGUUAGAGAAAAGUUAAUCAAAGGAGCCUGAGUGGCAGAGGAGUUUAUUUCAGACUGACUAAUGUGCAAAAAUUGAAGAGAGUGCAUUUAAAGAUCUAGUUGGUUUUAUUGCAUGAUUUGUGAAUUGGGUUGCAUCCCAACUUCUAAAUAAGGUGGUGCUCAAAGGAGCUGUACCCUAUAAAAAGCCUUUUCAGGCAUAAACUGGGUGGGAUAGAAAGUUAUUGGUAAAGGGAAAGGUUCUCUCAGGCAAGGCUACCUUGUUUAGGGGAAGGACAGAAAUCUUCCCUUGUAGCGUACCUCAGUGGCAUUGAGGACACUUGACAUUGAUUCGUUUACUGUCGUGUUACUUCGAGGGGUGAAACUACAAUUAAGUCUUGCUUUGCUGUCUCGUGGGUAAGUGACUCCACCUUGCGACUGUUUUGGGUUUUUUUGUUUGUUUUUUGUUUUUAAAUAGUCCCUAAAAGCUGCUCCUUAGUCCUGAAUAUUCAGUAUAUGAAUAUACUUUUCCUGGGGUUUUAUUCCCACCCAAAUCAGUCUUAUGGCAUGCAUCUAAAUUUACAUGCAGGGAAAAUAGGAAUACAGUAAGCAUAUGAAAAAUACUAGAAAUUUUAAAACUUCUCCAAUUUCACUUUUGUCCUUGGCCAACUGAGUACAAUAAUUAGAGAGGAACAAUAUUCCUGAGUUUUCUUAUAAAAAUGAACCAUGUAGACUGGGAAAUUUUUGUUUGAUAGAUCAGCUAGGAAUUUUGUAUAUCAUGCAAAAACAUUUGUUGUUGCUAAUUUGCUUUUGUGGCCAUUGAGUGGAUUAAGACGGAUCUCCAGCCAAAGGUUGGGUUAUUCAGAGUGAUAUUAACGUUCAAGUGUUACGAGAAUGUUCUAUAAUUCAGAUAUCUAGGGGGCCAGGGGAGAGUUUCAAGUUGUUCCAGAAAUGAUAUGAAGAAACAAGGAAUGGUGUCCAGCUUAGUCUUAAUGUGAUUGCUAGGUGGGGGCUGAGGGGAGCAUACCCACUUAGGGCUUGAACUUCCAGUUGGUUAAAGUUGCUCAAAAGAGGAAGCCCUCAGGCUGUUUUGUCACCUUGAUCACACAGGCCAAGUAGGAAGAGGUUGUGGUGAGGUGUAAUCCUUCUAAGCAGAGAAGCAUCCCAUUGUUCAAUACAGUUGUUUCAAAUGCUUGAGAAAAAUCUUCCUUAGAUACAUCACCUAAGGUUUUUACACUAAGUUGCUAAAAAUUAGUAUCUGGGAAUGUUUUGUAGAUAAUAUAACUAAGCAGUGUACUAGAGAAGCAAUUAUCAAAAGUCUGUUAAAAUUUGAAUUUCAAAUUAGGGGAUCAGAUGAUAUGUUACGUGGUUAAUUUUCUAUUGCAAUAAAAUAUGUUUAUAAAAUUUUU